UGAUCUCCAUCACAUUCUUCUUCUUCUUUCACAUUUUUGGCUACACCCACAAGAAAAUAAUGUCGAAAAUGGCUUCCUUGUUCACCAUCUUCCUGAUCGGGCUGACCCUAAGCUCCAUCGCCAGAGCCCAGAACACGCCCGACGACUUUCUGAAGGCGCACAAAAAGUUCAGAGACGAGGUGGGCGCGAGUGAAAUGUUCUGGGACGACGAAGUGGCAGCUUAUGCAAAGAGAUAUGCGGAGUCAAAGAUUGAUACUUGUGAAAUGGUGCACUCUGAUACACACUACGGCGAGAACUUAGCCACUGUAAACGGCGACCUUACGGCUGAGAUGGCGGUGCAAGCGUGGGCGGAUGAGAAGAAGYACUACGAUUACAACGCCAACAAGUGUGUCGGCGGUGAGUGUCGCCAUUAUACGCAGCUCGUGUGGAAGGAUAGUUUUCUGUUGGGUUGCGCCACUGUCAAGUGCAAAAAUAAUUGGACUUUGAUCUCCUGCAACUAUAGCCCUACUGGUAAUGUUGUUGGUGAGAAACCUUAUUAGGUUAUCUAAGGUUUUUUAUUUCAUCUAAAUGUACUCUUUUUUCUUUUUUUCUUUUUUGGUUUCUUGUACGAGAAUUGUAUGAUUCAUGCGCCAUGGAAAUGGUGCCGGUAAUAACAAUAAAAGCUUGAUUGAUUGGUUCAUC